UGCAAGUAACAAUAAAUAUUAUCUUGUAUACAUUAAAUUUAUUGAAGUUUACGAUAACUUUUGCAUGCCUUUGUUCACGUUUGAGGAGUUUAAUAUGGGUAGAAAUGUCGCUAAGCUUGUUGUAACUCUACUGGCAUUCACGAUCAUGCUGGUGGAAAUGUCGCAUGAAUUGCAACUUGAGAGGCAGCAUGCGGUCAACCAUUAUGGUGGUAGUGGGGGAGUAGAAGCUGGAGGUGCAUUUGGAGGUGAUGGUGGAGUUGGGGGAGGUGCUAGUGGUCAAGAGUCGGGAAAUGCUGGCAGUAACGCAGGCGGCGUUGUAGGAGCUGGAGGCAAAACUGGAGGUGGUGCAUGCGGUGUCGUAGGAGCGGGGGGUAGUGCCGGAGGUGCUGCUGGUGGUCGAGUUGGAGGAGGUACCGGAGGUGGUGUAGGAGCUGGAGGCGGUGUCAUAGGAGCCGGAGGUAGUGCUGGGGGUGCUGCCGGUGGUCGAGUUGGAGUAGGUGCCGGUAGUGGUGUAGGAGUUGGAGGUAGUGCAGGAGGUGCAGUAGGAGCUGGAGGUAGUGCUGGGGGUGCUGCCGGUGGUCGAGUUGGAGGAGGUGCUGGCGGUGGUGUAGGAGCAGGCGGUGGUGCAGGCGGUGUCGUAGGAGCCGGAGGUAGUGCCGGGGGUAGUGCCGGCGGUCAAGUUGGAGGUGGUGCCGGCGUAGGAGUUGGAGGUGGUGCAGGCGGUGUUGUAGGAGCCGGGGGUAGUGCCGGGGGUCGAGUUGGAGGAGGUGUCGGCGGUGGUGUAGGAGUUGGAGGUGGUACAGGCGGUAUCAUAGGAGCUGGAGGUAGUGCUGGGGGAGCUGCCGGUGGUCAAGUUGGAGGAGGUGUCGUCGGUGGUGUAGGAGCUGGAGGCAGUGCAGGCGGUGUUGUAGGAGCUGGAGGUAGUGCCGGGGGUGCUGUUGGUGGUCGAAUUGGAGGAGGUGCCGGCGGUGGUGCAGGAGCUGGUGGAGGAGUUGGAGUUGGUGCAGGCGGUAUCGUAGGAGCCGGAGGUAGUGCCGGGGGCAGUGUCAGUGGUCAAGUUGGAGGUGGUGCCGGCGGUGGCAUAGGAGUUGGAGGUGGUACAGGCGGUGUUGUAGGAGCUGGAGGUAGUGCCGGGGGUCGAGUAGGAGGUGGUACAGGCGGUGUCAUAGGAGCUGGAGGUAGUGCUGGGGGAGCUGCCGGUGGUCAAGUUGGAGGAGGUGUCGUCGGUGGUGUAGGAGCUGGAGGCAGUGCAGGCGGUGUUGUAGGAGCCGGAGGUAGUGCUGGGGGCGCUGUUGGUGGUCGAGUUGGAGGAGGUGCCGCCGGUGGUAUAGGAGCUGGAGGUGGUGUAGGCGGUGUCAUAGGAGCCGGAGGUAAUGCCGGGGGUGCUGCCGGUGGUCGAGUUGGAGGUGGUGCCGGCGGUGGUGUAGGAGCUGGAGGUGGAGUUGGAGGUGGUGCAGGGGGUGUUGUAGGAGCUGGAGGCGGAGUUGGAGGUGGUGCAGGGGGUGUUGUAGGAGCUGGAGGCGGUGCCGGUGGUAGAGUUGGAGGAGGUGCUAGUAGUGGUGUAGGAGUCGGAGGCGAAGCUGGAGGAGGUGUUGGCGGUGUUGUAGGAGCUGGAGGUAGUGUUGGAGGUGCAGUCGGUGGUCGAGUUGGAGGAGGUGCCGGCGGUAGUGUAGGAGCUGGAGGUGGUGCAGGCAGUACUGUAGGAGCUGGAGGUAGUGCCGGAGGUUCUGCCGGUGGUCGAGUUGGAGGAGGUGCCGUCGGUGGCGUGGGAGCAGGAGGUGGUGCAGGCGCUGUCGUAGGAGCUGGUGGUAGUGUCGGGGGUGCUACUAAUGGUCGAGCUGGCGGAGGUGUAGGAGCUGGAGCUGGUGCAAGCGGUGUUGUAGGAGCUGGAGGUAGUGCCGGAGGUGCUGCUGGCGGUCGAGUUGGAGGAGGUGCCGGCGGUGGUGUAGGAGUUGGAGGCGGAGUUGGAGGUAGUGCAUAAAGUGUUUGUGGUGGUGUAAAAGGUGUAGGCAACUAAUAACCGUUUGUUGUGUUGUAGAUGCUCGAAAAGUAGUACUGAUAGGUUGCUGUAUUAAUAAGCUUAUAAAAAAACUAAAUAUAUUAUAUUAUGGAACAAAUGUGGGUGAAAACUUGACUGAUUCGAAUGCUCUUUUUGUUCAGAGUAUAAGACACUUUUGUUUAAAAAACCUUCUUAUGGCAUUAUUGAAAAAUGUUGCAGCCUACAUCUUAAUGUUGUAAUAUACGAUGUUUUAAAAACUGGACGGCUGGUCGAACUGGUUAAUCUGUC